AUGACGUCGUUGGUGAUCCCAUGGAAAAAUCCACUUUAGAAGCUUUAGAAUGGAAACUUGAAAAAGGCGAUACGGUUAUUCCAGCAAAUCAGCAAUCUACGCGUUUUCAGCAACGAUCUCAACUUCAGAUUCGCCGUCGGUUUCAAUUUUCUCCCGUACUUAAACGCAUGUCAAGCAUUUCUACGGUCCAUACAACAAGAUCCAAAAAAACUUUUGUAGCGGUAAAAGGUGCUCCAGAAACAUUACGCGAUAUGUAUACAUACGUACCUGACGACUACGAAGAGACUUAUAAAUUUUUUAUGAGAAGAGGAAGUCGAGUUUUAGCUUUAGGAUAUAAAUACAUAAAUGAUAACAUGAAUAUUGAAGAGAUUAAUGAUCUCCCACGUGAAUCCGUCGAAAGCGAAUUAAAUUUUGCCGGUUUCCUGAUAUUCACAUGCCCGCUUAAGGAAGAUGCGGUUUCUACUAUACAAAUGCUAAACGAAUCAUCUCACAGGGUUGUAAUGAUAACUGGCGACAACCCGCUAACGGCUUGUCAUAUCGCACGUGAAGUUGACAUAGUCGAUCGUGAAGUGUUGAUCUUGGACAUCCGUGAAAAUGCCCGUAGCAACGAUGAUCUUGUUUGGAAGUCGGUUGACGAAAAAACGGUGAUGCCUGUCAACUUAGCUGAGCCCAUAAAUCCAAAUAUUUAUCAAAAUUAUGAUCUAUGUAUAACCGGCACUGCGCUCUCGUUAUUUGAAAAUAAGCCAUCUGUCAAAGAGUUGCUAACGCAUACUUGGGUUUAUGCUCGUGUAUCUCCUGGACAAAAGGAAUACAUAUUGACCGCCCUGAAACAGGCUGGUUAUACCACAUUAAUGUGUGGGGAUGGUACAAAUGAUGUUGGUGCUCUUAAACAAGCUCACAUCGGUGUUGCAUUGCUUGAUGGAAAACCAGAAGAUUUAAAGAAGAUAGCCGAAUAUCAAC